UUGAUGAGGCGAACACUCGUCCCCAUAGAGACAGGCUCCUACAACAGGACUCCCCGGACACCGUCGGACCCGCUAAUCCUCCCUCAAAUACGAUGACAGCACUAAUAUGAACGAACCACCCACUAAAUUCCUCGAUUUCAGACAUUCGGAUGCCCGCCAGUGCGAUUUAUUAUUAUUGGAUUAACGUCCAUCAGCCGCCGGGCGCAGCUUUAUUCUGAGAGGCCGGAGAUUUGUGUCGCUGGGCAGGGAGGAGUCCUCUGUUAUUCCACCGUCGGCUGAAGCCAGAGCAGCAUGUCGACGUUAUAGCAGCGCCCAUCUCUGCCGUAGAAGCUGUGGAGCGGACCCGAUGCGCUCUUAGAGGAUGGAUGUGGAGGUGAGUGCUGGCAGGAGCAGCACCUGGAGGAGAGCCGUGAACGAUGCAGGCGGAGGAGGAGGAGGAGGAGGAGGCACGGACGCUCCGGUGGUUCCGCUGGAGCUCUACGACUCGGCGAGAGCCAAAAUAGACGCAAACCUGCGCUGGUUGUUCGCCAAAGCCUAUGGUACAGAUCACAUCCCUGCGGACCUGCGAGACCCCUUCUACACCGACCAGUAUGAGCAGGAGCACAUCAAGCCCCCCAUCAUCCGCCUGCUGCUCUCAGGGGAGCUCUACUCCCGGGUGUGCGGGCUCAUCCUGCACACCGAGCAGGCUGCCUCACUGCAGAGUCACCAGUCCGUGAUCCAGGCCCUGUCCAGGAAGGGCGUCCACGUCCUGGAGAGCGACAACACGCAUGUCACCGAGCUGGAUCUCAGCUCAGCUCCCAUAAAGAUGAGCUCCCACAUCCACCUCAUCGAUGCGCUGAUGAUGGCCUAUACAGCAGAAAUGAUCAGCACAGACAAGGUCGUCGCCAGCGUCAAGCGCUUCUCAACCUUCAGUGCCUCCAAGGAGCUGCCUUUCGAUCUGGAGGACGCCAUGGUCUUUUGGAUUAACAAGGUGAAUGCGAAGAUGAGAGAGAUCACGGAGAAAGAGCUGAAGAUGAACCACCAGCUGCUGGAAUCACCCAGUCACCAGAAGUCUCCCUCCAAAUGGUACUGGAAGCUUGUACCUGUGCGCUAUCGCAGAGAUCACCUGGCUGGUCGGACGCUGCAGUGCUUCCCCCCGUUGGACGACCUGGUGAAAGAUGUCUCCGAUGGCGUCGCUCUGCUCGCUGUUGUGCACUUCUACUGUCCCGAGCUCAUUAAACUGGAAGAUAUUUGUCUGAAAGAGUUUCCCUCCGUAGCAGACAGCGUUUACAAUAUCCAGUUGCUGAAGGAAUUUUCCACCGAGUACCUGAACAAGUGCUUCUACCUGAAGCCGGAGGACCUGUUGUAUUCACCGCCAGUAUUAAAGAAUAACGUGAUGGCGUUCAUUGCUGAGCUUUUCUGGUGGUUUGAGAGCGUGAAGCCAGACUUUGUACAGCCCAGAGACCUUCAGGAGAUCAGAGAUGUGAGAUUACUGCUGCAGCCGAAGAGUUCACGAACCCACGUAUCCGUCUCCAGCGCUACCAAACGUAGUUUCAUGACAUCAUCAAACUCUGCCGACGCCCUGAGUGCACCCCCCAACCCUGACCUCAGCACCAAGCCAAGAUCAUCAAGUCCAUCUCACUCCAUCCUGCCCCUGAGGCAGAAACAACAUGAGGACAGUGCUUCAGUAAUAAGAAAAAGGUCAAACACUGUGAUGCGUGCGGAUGAUCAGCACAAGGGUUCAGCACUGGCCUGGCCAGAGAGGAGGCAGAGGCCUCUAUCCCAGCCGGUCCCCUACGCCCUGCACUAUGCCCUCGAGGACGACGCAGACAGUAUCAGUCUUGCUCGCUCCAUCAGCAAAGACAGCUUGGCCUCCAGCAUCAUGAGCAGUACUCCAAAGCACAUGAGGUCCGGCCCCCACAAGCCGCAGCACAGACUUAGCGGCCAAAGCCUGCUCAGUCACAUGCGCAUAGAGGAUGAAGAGGAGGAAAUAGAAGAGGAGGAACUCGUGUCUAUCAUCCAUCCUCCUGCAGUUUCCAGACAUCGACUCGGGAGUGACAUGGAGCAGGAUGAGCUGGAAAUCCAGAGCGCUCAUAUUCGUCAAUCUCCCCGCCUUGAUGCGGGUCCUAUUGCUCCUGAGCAUCAGGCAGACGGCUACUAUUUGGAGCCUUUGAUGCCUGCUGUUCCUAAAAUAGCCAAAGAGAAGACCAUCAGUGUGAACAAGGAGGAGGAGAGUGGUGAGGGCAGCCGUAGAGCAGCAGGAGCAGCCAGGAAAGAGAGGAGAGCCCCCGUCACCGAGUCAGAGCGAAGCACCUUUACACCUUCACCUGCAGAAUCACGGCCCGGCUCGCUCAGGCCCCCCGUGGAGGGGUCCGUGAGCACGUCUCCUUCUGGGAAUCAAACUUCCCAGGGCUUUUACCUUCAUUUGACAGGAGAGCGCGACAGCCCCUUCGCCACUGCGGGCGAGGCCGGCCACAACUCCGACUCGGACAUCGCCGACCUGGAGGAGGACGACGAAGAGGACGAUCAGCUGGAGCUGCUCAGGGAAGCGGCGAGGAGCGGAAAGGGGAAAUGCCCCGAGGAGGGCCUGGCGUACGAAUGCGGGGACGGCGAGUCGGCCAAGCUGAGAGAAGACUUGAAGUUGAGCGAGAGAGACGAUAAGGAAGAUUACAGCGGGUGCUCGAGCCCCUGCCACAGCACGGCGUCGUGGGCGAGCAGCUGCAGCGCCUCAGGCAGCGCUAGCGUGAGGAUGACCAGCUUCGCGGAGAGGAAGCUCCUCAAACUCGGACUCCGGGACGGAUUCUCCAGCACCAGUAGCUCCCAGAAGACCACACCCGACGGCUCGGACGGCGCCCCCUGCCCGCCCUGGCAGCUGGGACGGGAUCGCGGCCCCGGGUGGCCCGGGAAGGAGCCCGGCCCUGCGUUGGCGAAGAAUGUGACGGCGAAUCCCUCGGUAGUGCCUUCAGAGCUGCUGCAGCUUCACAUGCAGCUGGAGGAGCAAAGGCGCGCGAUUGAGUAUCAGAAGAAGAAGAUGGAGGCGCUGUCGGCGAGGCAACGGCUGAAACUAGGUAAAGCCGCAUUCCUAAACAUAGUCAAGAAAGGAGGAGGAAGGAGCGACACGCUCCCUUUACCCCUGAAACACUCCUCAUCCAUAGAAGUAACAGCUGCAGACAGGAGCAGAGCGAAGGCCCAGUCAUCCAGAGAUGACUCGUUUCUCGAUGCUCUGAAGGUGCAGGCGAGGGCAGGCCAACGAGAGGGCGAACGGGUGAAGGACAACAGACUGAGCAUCCCAGUCCAGGAGAACGCAUCUGAGCCCGACUUGAACGAGUGUUCCCGCUCCAUAGAUCUACUCAACGAAGCCAUCACUUCCAUUCAGCAGCAGAUGAUGCAGCUGUCCCUACAGCAAGGCCUGCUGAUGAAGCAGAGCGCGGUCUCACCUCCAGAGGCCGCGCCCCCGGCCCCCGACGCAGCCGCCGGCGCGACGCCGCCGGCGUCCACCACCUCCGACUCCAAAGCCUUCGCGGUUCACUUCGUGGACAUCGGCGGCAGCAGCCGCGCUCCCGCUCGCCGCCCCCCCAAGCUCAGCUCCAGCCAGCGCAGCAGAGCCCCCGAGAGGAAACAGAGCGGGGAGACGGCCGCUCUCAAGUCCGAUGAUCAGGCCGCUGGGGCCGCGUUCGAGAGCAGGUUCGAAAGAAGCGUUCAGAGAAGCACCACCUUCAGAGUCCGUGAGAGCGCGGGUGAAGGAGCGGGGCGUCUGUCAGAGAAGCUGCAAGCACAGGAGCCACCCGUGAUCCCAGUGCAGGAGAGCACCACGGACAGCCCAGGACACGAAGCGACAGACGGAGAGGAGGCUACAAAGGUCAAAGGUCAACUUAUUGAGGUGGAUCUGUCAGAACUCAAAGAUUCGGUGGAGGACGGCAGUGCAGACGCUUCCGUCUGCGCGGCAGAGGCUGAGCAGAAGAACGUGCUAGGCUUCUUCUUCAAGGAUGAUGAGAAGGCGGAGGAUGAAAUGGCGAAGCGUCGCGCCGCCUUCCUCCUCAAACAGCAGCGCAAGGCCGAGGAGGCGAGACUGCGCAAGCAGCAGCAGGAGGUGGAGAGCGAGCUGAAACGGGACGAGGCCAGGCGUAAAGCUGAGGAGGAGCGCGUUCGCAAGGAGGAGGAGAAGGCGCGGAGGGAGCUGAUUAAGCAGGAAUACCUGCGGAGGAAGCAACAGGCGCUGAUGGAGGAGCAGGGUCUGGUCAAACCUCGCCCACGAAACAGGUCCCGCAGGAACAGACCCAAGUCUGUGCAUCGAGAAGAGUCCAGCAGCUUCCCCAAAGGCUCCAUGACACGUAAUUCUCUAAAGGUGUCCAUGUUGAUCAAAGCCCAGGGCUCAGCAGUCUGCAGGGAAGCGGACCUGAGCUGCAGUCACCGAGGGUCCACGCUGUCCCUGGCGACGGAGGCAGACAGCGUCAUCUCUGGAGGGGCGGAGUCUCAGAGGGCCGGAUCAGUGUGCUCUAUGGAGUUCCCUGUGCUGAGCAGGGCGUCCAGCAGGAACAUGGAGAGAGACUGGGAGAACGGCUCCAUAGCCUCCUCAGUAACUUCAGCAGAGUACAACGGUCCUAAAUUGUUCAAGGAGCCGAGCUCCAAGUCCAACAAGCCAAUCAUCAUCAACGCCAUUGCUCAUUGCUGCCUGGCUGGAAAGGUUAACGAGGCCCAGAAGAACGCCGUUAUUGAGGAGCUGGAAAAGUGCGAGUCCAACCACCUGAUCAUCCUCUUCCGCGACGGCGGGUGCCAGUUCCGAGCCAUUUACUCGUACUCGCCGGACACCGAGGAGAUCGUCAAGUUCACGGGAACGGGGCCGCGCGCCAUCGGCCGCAAGAUGAUCGACAAGCUGUACAAAUACAGCUCGGACCGCAAGCAGUUCACCGUCAUCCCCGCCAAGUCGGUGUCGGUCAGCGUGGACGCCCUCACCAUCCACAAUCACCUGUGGCAGGUCAAGAGGCCGGGGAGCGCCCGGAGGAAGUGAGGAGGAGGAGGAGGAGGAAGAGGGAGGAGCAUUGGACGCUCUUUUUGUUCUAUUACUGUUGGGCUGGACCCAAUAAUAAGGCUGCGGAUGAGUGGUGUGAUCAUGUGACUGAUACAUCAGUAAAGGGAGGUAGGAAUAUGAAGCAGCUGCUGAGUGAAUGUACUCUGAUUUUCCUUUUGGGGCUAUUUUUCAUUUCUGCAUGUCACAUUUUAUGCUUUAAUAAUUUGUGGGCACAUCCUAUUGAUUGGACGCUGAUGAUUAAUUGUGGUGUCUGAUGAAACGAGGAAGUCGGACAGUACAGGUAUUCACAGUGCAGCUACAUGCUGUCACUUAGUUAUAACAGCUCGUCAAAAACAAAACACCCCGCUGCUGUGAUGAACCAGGAUCCACACGUUUUAUCCCCCAGUACCUGCUACAGGUUAGUGGUUUCCUAUGAGGGCAUUAGCAGUGAGUGGUGCUGUCAGGCCCCUUUUCUGUUUAGUGUGUUUGGGGUGUGCAUAUUGGUGCUGGGGUGAUGGACAGACGGCUGCAUCCCGCUCUGAAUGUGUUUACUCUUUUCAAUAUGCUUUAAAUCGAACAGCGAAACGAAGCCACACUGCAGUUUAUUGGUUUGUUUUGGGAGCAGCUGUCGGAGAUUGUUUUUACAGAAGGGGGAAUCGUUCCAGUAUUUAUUCCAAAUGUGACGCGCUUCGGAGACUCGGUGUAUCGUACCUUAUCAGUGGUUAUAUGGCAUUGCCCUCCUACUUCUGUUUGAGUGAACCAGCUGAGAUCCAUCGCUGGCUCGUCUGAACCAAAACGUGAGCUUCGCCACUGAGCCGUUUGCUGCUCAGCUGCUCAACGCGUUCGAGUGAGCGCAAGACUUUCAUGUAGCUUCUGACGCUCGACACUAGUAAUUUUCAUGUAACGAUGGACUGUCAGCGGCUCUUAUGACAUUAGGGGGGGGCUGCACAAUACUUGAUACAUUUUGUUUGCUGCAUUUUGUACAUUUUUGAGUAGUAUUUUUUGUACAUUAUGUACAAGUUAUGUUUACUAAAAACAGGCACUAUUUUAAUGUUUAUUCUGUUGCAGGAUGUCCAGAGAUGUUACCAGUUUUAUUCCACUGUGCUAUAUUGUGUGUUUAUUUAUUUAAAAGAUAUAAUAAAGGUUCAUUUUCUUGCUAAA